AUGGAAAUUGUCUUGGGUUGGACCAGGCUCCUUGUGAAAUUCCAGACGACUGUUUCGCGAAAAAUGCCACUUGUAAAAGUAAAAAUUUCCGACAAUGCGUGUGGUACUUCUGGAACAUGUAAGAAAAAAAAUACCGAAUGCAAGAAUGAAAAAUGUCAAUGUCUUCCUAAUUACAAGGAAAUGGAUGGAAAUUGUCUCGGAUUGCAUCAAGCUUCUUGUGAAACUUCAAAAGAUUGUUUUUCCAAAAAUGCCACUUGUAAGAAUAAAAAGUGCGAUUGUCUGGAUCCAUUUUAUUAUGAAGAUUAUCACUGCUACAAAAAAGCUAAAGGGAUCGGCGAUGCGUGUCUUAGUCAAAUAGCAUGUAAGGAAAUAAAAAAUACUGAAUGCAAGGAUGGAAAAUGUCAAUGUCUUUCUAAUUACAAGAUAAAAGAUGGAAAUUGUCUUGGGUUGGACCAGGCUCCUUGUGAAAUUCCAGAAGACUGUUUCACGAAAAAUGCCACUUGUAAAAGUAAAAAGUGCGAGUGUCCUGACCGAUUUCAUUAUGAAGAUGAACAUUGCUACGAAAAUGAUAAACGUACCUAA